AUGACGAAGAAGUUGUCAUACUUAGGAAAUAGGACCACCCGACUGCUGGUCUGGGUAGAUCCUGUAACACCUCCACGACUGCUCUACGGGGAGAGUCAAUGCUCACGCGGUAAGAAAAUAACCGCAGUCUCAGAAAACGUGGGCAUGUUAUCAAUGCCUGGCACAUUGAUCUCGAACCUUGUCAAAUCACGACGUCAAUCUCGGCAAGUGUAA